CGGAAGAACUCUUGCUCUCUCCUCUCCUCUCUUCUCCUCCAGUCGACUCCCUCUCGGGAAUCGUGUGCAAGAGGCGCUCCGUGCUCCUCCCGCCGAGGGAAGCGGGAGUUCCAGGAAGUAGUAGAUAGGCGGGCAGGACAGCUUCAGCGCCGAGAGCCCUGUGGCGGUCGAUCUCCUCCAUCUCGGAGCGAAGCUCCUUCCUUGAGGCGGGGCGGUCUCCCGCCUCAGCCCCCUUUUUGGGAGGAAGGAAGGAAAUAGGGAGGGGCGGAAAGAACAGAAGCAAAGAGGAGCCUCCUCUAUACUGGGUGGAGAGAGCGAGCGCGACGGCGGCUCCUCGCGGGAACAAAGAGGCGCGAAAACGCGAAGGCUGAGGGGAAAGGGGCUAUUCUUCUUCUCGCUCCAGCGGCCGCGGAGAUGAAAGAAGAGUGAAAAGGCAUGGAUAUAACAUGAAUUGCUUAACGCGUUCAGAAAAAAUAGGAAUUAUUUCUCAGUUAACUAAAUAAAAUGGAUGAGUCGGUCUUAUUGGAUCUGUUGGAGUGCCCUGUCUGUUUAGAACGUCUGGAUGCUUCUGCAAAAGUUUUGCCUUGUCAACAUACAUUUUGUAAAAGAUGUCUCUUGGGCAUUGUGAGCUCACGCAAUGAGCUUCGUUGUCCUGAAUGUAGGACAUUAGUAGACUGCAAUGUUGAUGACCUUCCUAAUAAUAUUUUGCUUGUUCGACUACUAGAUGGCAUCAAACAAAGGCCUCAGAAAUUGACUAAUUUAAUGACGUGCUCAAAUUUAUUAAGGGCCCAAACUAGCACUGUUAUUAAUUGCAUUCAAAAAGACUUACAUAGUUCUCAAAGUGUCCAGCAACAGAGAGUACAAGCACGAAGUCCACCUGUUAGGGGUGUACCUCAGUUACCUUGUGCCAAAGCAUUAUAUAACUAUGAGGGAAAAGAGCCUGGAGAUCUUAAAUUCAACAAAGGUGACAUCAUCAUAUUACGUAGGCAAGUUGAUGAAAAUUGGUAUCAUGGAGAAGUUAAUGGUAUCCAUGGAUUUUUUCCUACCAAUUUUGUCCAGAUAAUUAAACCAUUACCUCAACCUCCACCUCAGUGCAAAGCACUUUAUGACUUUGAAAUUAAGGACAAGGAAGCUGACAAGGAUUGUUUACCCUUUUCAAAGGAUGAUAUUCUUACUGUGAUUCGCCGAGUAGAUGAAAAUUGGGCUGAAGGAAUGUUGGCUGACAGGAUUGGAAUAUUUCCUAUUUCAUAUGUUGAGUUUAACUCAACAGCAAAACAACUUAUUGAACUAGACAAACCAUCAGUUUCUACAGUAGAUUCUGGAGAAGGCACCUCUGGUUCAUCCCAUUGCAAUUCAGUUCAAAAGCAUACUGAUGUGAAAAAGAAUACCAAAAAACGCCAUUCUUUUACUUCCCUUACCAUGUCCAAUAAGGCUUCACAGUUGUCUCAGAAUCGUCAUUCAAUGGAAAUCAGCCCUCCUGUUCUCAUCAGCUCCAGUAAUCCAACUGCUGCAGCACGGAUAACUGAGCUUUCAGGCCUUUCUUGUAGUGCACCUUCUCAGGUUCACAUUAGUACCACUGGACUAAUUGUAACCCCACCACCCAGCAGUCCAGUAACAACGGGACAUUCAUUUACCUUUCCACCUGAAGUCACUUACCAAGCUGCUUUUGCUGUAAGUAGUAUUAAUCCACCUCUCCCACCACCACCAUCACCUGUCUUAUCUGCUACAAUAAUUGCCCCUAAUUCUACAUGCCUGUCUUCGGGGUCAGUUCAGAAGUCAACAUCUGCAUUGACCGAGCAAAUAUCACAUUUGAGAGCUCAGACAAGACCAAGUGUGUAUAUUGCUAUUUAUCCAUACACUCCUAGAAAAGAAGAUGAACUGGAAUUGAGAAAAGGUGAAAUGUUUUUGGUGUUUGAACGUUGUCAGGAUGGCUGGUUUAAAGGAACUUCCAUGCAUACCAGCAAAAUUGGUGUAUUCCCUGGAAAUUAUGUAGCACCAGUUACAAGGCCAAUGACAAGUGCUUCCCAAGCAAAAAUACCUGUAUCUACUGCUGGCCAGACAGGGCGAAUAGUGACCAUGGUCAGUGCUCCCACUGCUGGAGGAACAGUGCAAAAACUUCAGGGAAAUGGGGUGACAAUGACUUCUGAUACAAUACCGACAGCUGUGGUCUCUGCUGCACACAUACAAAAGAGUCCACAAUCCAAGAUCAUUAUGCAUAUGUCCAGUCAAAUGACAGUGAAUCAAGCUCGCAAUGCAGUUAGAACAGUUGCAAUUCAUAGCCAAGAAAGACCGACAGCCACUGUAACACCAAUUCAGACUCAGAAUUCAGCAUGCCUUAUUCCUGCUGCUGUAAUUAUUCCACACCAUUCUGUUGCUUCCCAACAGCUACAAUCUCAAUUUUCAAAUGCUGCUGCUUAUAUUACAGCUGUAAAUAUCAACCGAGCAAAUGUCCCAUUGGCUUGCACAACAUCUUCAUUAAAUUCUCCUAGCUCUUCUGUAUCAGUAGAUGGAGAUUCAAGUGGAAAAAUUGUGACUGUUCAUACGGGAGCUCCAGCUUCCCCAGAAAAUACAUUGACUGCUGGAGGUACUCCUACUAUGAGUAAAACAGAGAGAGAUGGAAAGAAAGAAAAAAAGGGGUUACUGAAGUUACUUUCAGGAGCAUCUACUAAACGUAAACUUAGAGCAUCACCACCACCAUCCCCAACUCUCGAAGUUGAGCUGGCAACUACAGAACUCUCCCUUCAGGGUGCUGUAGGGCCAGAAAUUCCAUCAAUUUCUGGUCAGGGAAGAGCAGACACUUGCCCCAUGGACAGUGAAUCACCUACAAUUGUGCUGGACAGUAUUCACAGCAAAACAAGUUCUUUGGAUUCUAAUAUACCUGUAGUUCCUCCUCCAAGGCAACCAUGCUCAUCAUUGGCUCUAGCAUCGAAUGAAUCCAGAUCUGUAAUCUAUGAACGAUACAGAGUAAUGGUACCCUAUCCUCCUCAGAGUGAAGCUGAACUUGAACUUAAAGAAGGAGAUGUUGUUUUUGUUCAUAAAAAACAUGAAGAUGGCUGGUUCAAAGGCACAUUGCAGCGAAAUGGAAAAACUGGCCUUUUCCCUGGAAGCUUUGUGGAGAGUAUCUAAGAAAACUAAUUUAAAAUAUUUCAACUCUUGCAGCACUAUAGAACAAAGAGAGAGAUUGCAGCCAUGGAAGGCUGUAACAUAAACAAAUUUAUAUUUAUGUUUUUCAGUAUCCUACAACACAAUUCUGGCAGCAAAGAUUAAAAUAGUUGCAUUUUUAUCAUUUUGACUGUAACGUGUGCCUUGUAAUGUUUGAUUUAUUCUUCAGAGGAUUUUAAAAGAGAGUGUUUAUGUUUGUGUGUGUGUAUACACAUACAUACAUACCAUAAAAACUUAUUGUUUACAAAGAUGUAACUAAUUUAUUCAUUUUUCUAAACCUGAAUUCUGUUUAAUAGCUAAAGUUUGGUGAUUAUGAUUAACAAGUUAUUUAUAAGUUAAGGAGAAGCUGGAUUCUUUUCUUACAAGAAGAUAUAAUGUCAGAUGGCUUUUUACAACUGUGUGACAGUGAAGUAAGUUUUUUUAAUGGGUUAAUGUUGGCUAUAAUAACGAUGAUGUGGUAUCAGAUUGAACCAUGCACACUGGGGUAAAAUGACAUUGUGGAUUUGUUUUACUUAGGGUGAGAAACUAUCUGUCAAUAGCAAGUCUUAAUGUCUCAGAUAGAAACAUUUCUGAUGAAACAUUUCUAAAAGGCAAUGAAACAGCUGUGCAGCAUUGUUAACAUUUUUCAAACUGAGAAUAGAAUAUAUAAAAUAUACCAGAAAUGGAGAAUAUCAACUUCUGCUAGCAUCUAUUUGUUGAGCAUUUUUGGAUAUAUGUUGAGAUUUCCCUUUGUAGAUUUAAUUACUUCUUUGAAUACAGGUAGUCCUUGAGUUAAGAAUGGAAUGGAGCCUGCUCAUUCCAUCCGUAACUGGAGGAUUUGUGGGAGUGGAUCUCAUACCUUGAAUGGGAUCACUCCCUCCCUUCGCCCACGCAUUCGCUAAUCAAAUGCGAGGCUUGUUAAGUGCACAUAAGGUAUUUCAGGGUGGGGAAGGCCAUGGGGGACCUACAAUGGAACAGGCCACCUGCCUAAGACCACCCAAGGCCUUCCCGACCGACUGAAAUACCUAAUGCUCCCCACAAUCGCUGGCUCGCUGGGUCACUUACCUUCUGAAGAUCUAGCAAGCAGUCUCCUCUCCAGCCUCACACGCCCCUCUGCAGUUCCAUUCGGGCCUCCACAGAUCUCGCUCAGCAGGUUGCCUCUGCGGGCCUCCCACAGCCAGUUGCAGGCUGAAUUGGAGCCUCCGGGGGCCAGAUCCAGUCCUCCAAGGCUCCGUUCAGCCCUCCGCAGGCUUCCCCCAGCCUGUUGCAAAUGGAAAUGGAGUCUCUGGCGGCUGGACCUGAAUCCCCAGGGUCUGGAUCCGAGCUUCGGGGGCCGGAUUCAGCCAUCUGACGCUCUUUUCGGCCCUCUGUGGGCUUCCCACGGCCAGUUGCAAACCAAAAUGGAGCCUCCAGGGGCCAGAUCCGAGCCUCCAGGGGUCGGAUCCAGUCCUCUGACGCUCCGUUCAGCCCUCUGCAGGCCUCCCCUGGCCCAUUGCAGGCCGAAAUGGAGCCUCUGGGGGCUGGGUCCAAGCCUUCGGGAGGUGGAUUUGGCCCUCCGAGCUCCGUUUGGCCUGGAAAGUCCUCUGAGGUUCCGUUCAGCCCUCCGGGGGCCUCCCCUGGCCCAUUGCAAACUGAAAUGGAACCUCCGGGAGCCCCACAGAAGCUCCAUUUCAGCCGGUAAGGUGCUGGGCGUGGCCUCUGGAUGACCAAACAGGGCUUCUGAAGCGCGGAUCUGCCCCUCAGAAGCUCCAUUUUGGCCGGCAACAUGCAGGACAAAUGUUGCAGAGCCUCUGGUUGUUCAUAAGGGCCAACAACUGCCCUGGUGCUGCAAGAUUCUUAGUUUUGGGCCUUGUUUGGAAACGCUAGGGGGCAUUGAUCGUGUAACUUCGAACAUUCCCUAAGGGAAUACUUGUAACUUGGGGAUUACCUAUGCACAACAUUACAGAAUAUAAAUGAGUUAAGAUAGAUGUAAUGCAAAACAACUGGAAGCAUGGAAAAUAAUUGUGAUAAUUGAUAGGAUCAAAAUUUCAAUUCAAAUUGCACUCAUUGUCUAAAUAUGCCAAGAAAUGUUUGCUUCUUUAUAUUUUCAAACUGAUUUGCAUGGCUGAGACAAAUUACAUUGUUUGAGCAAAAGUGGUGGUAAAUGAUAUACUUGUGUUUUUAACGUAAGGCUGUAAGAACACUGUGACAUUUUUGCUAAUUUUAAAACUUGCUAUUUUUAUAUGUCUUGAGUCGUCAGUUUCUUGCAUGCAUUAUCACAUACAAACAGGUAUACAAAACAGCGCAUGACUGACUAUAGAGUUUAUUAUACUGUACUGGAUGUUAUAAUGAACUGGAUGUUAAAUAACCAGUUACCUGCUAGUAUGAAAGCCACUGACCAAAAACUAGUGAGUGAUUGGAUACUGCUGUAUAAAGAAUAUUCUCACUAUUCAGUAUAAUUCCAGCCAUGGAUAUUUUAAAGCACAAGAGUUUUGUGGAACAUAUCCUCUACUUAAUUUCAGGCCUUGAAGAAGGUUAUAUUCAGUUUCCCCUCUCUUACUAUUUUUGCAUUCUUAGUUUGGAAAUAAAUUUUCUAAGGAAAGCAAGCUGCCAUUUAACUCUUUUUUUAUCCUCUGCUGAAUAUCCUCUGCUCAGAAGCUGUUUUCUCCUAAACAAUAUACAUUGGUAAUGUUCCAGGACAUCGGCCUUAGGAUAUUGUCUCACAUAUUCAAGACCUAAAGUGUGUGUGUGGGGGGGGGGGGGAGUGAUGAUGAUAUUCUGAUUAUUUAAGACUUUUAUUACAUCUCUCUUUUCUGAUAAAAUGUUUAAAAAUUAUAACCUUCUUUAAAUUUAGAAUCUGUUGAGGUAGGUUAAUAGAAAUCUCUUAUUCUCCAGUGAUCAGCUAACAUCUGGAAAUUACUCUGCCUUUCCCUCUUCAAGCUAAUUAGUCCUAAAAGAGAGGAGCAUAUUAGCAAGAUUAAAAAAUAAUCUUGUGAAGUCUUUUGAUCCCUUCCCAAAUUGAAUUCUAUCCCACAAAAAAAUGUCAAAUCACAUGGAUUUAGUUGCUGGGAAGGGAGUGGGUUUAUAAUAGUUACCCUGGACCUUUUAGUAGACCUGAAACUGUCAUUUAUUCUGUACAUGAUUCUUGUCAGGAAAAUACAAUUACAGCAUUUCAAGAUUAUUGCAUAUUCAAGCUAUUAUUACUAUUAUUAUUGUCACAGGGGACCCUAUGCACAAGAUUGUCUUCAUGCCAUUGCUUGAUAGCAACAGUCUUGCUUAUCAAGAUUGAUAGCAAUUAGCUAUCGAGCUAAUUUAUUACAUUUAGCUCAUUAAUUUCUGUAUAACGUUUAGAUUACUUUGGCAGAUCUCUUCUUUAAGUAUAUGAUAGGAAGAAAUUCUAUAGGCAAUUACCUUGAACUAGAUCCUGCCCAUGGGAAAGAUUGACCUGUAAAUUUCUGCCUAUUAUGCAGCUGCUCAAGAUUAAGAGUUCAGUUACCAAAAUAGUGGGUAACCUUAAACUCAAUGCCUUUUCUUUAAUAACCAGGUAAUGCGAAUUUAAAAGUCUUUGUUUCCUGACAGGAAUGAAACUUUAAGUUUAACUUAAAGGAAAUGCAUGCUGUAUUAAGGUGAAGAAUUCAAAUUAGUUGAUGAUUAAUGAUUUUCAUGUAAAACACACAUGAUUUUUUAAAAUAUAUAAAUGGGAGAAAAUAAUUGGUAGCUGAACUGGUUUCUUCCCAUAUCAAGUAGUUUCAUUAUUAUUUUAAUAUAUUGAAAACAUUCCUUAAAUGAUACACUGAACAAUUCAAUUCUUUAAAAGCUUGGUUUUUAAUUUAAAAAGCUUGGUUUACUUGAAUGUUUAUAUGAUGUACAAACUAUUUGAAAUGAACUUUAAUAAGGAAAUGCUGGCAUCAACUUUCAUCAGCACCUAUUGACACUUAUGUGUCGAUCUUAUUUUCAUGUAUUAGUAGAUUUAUAUGUGAGAGACUACUACAAAGAAUCUUCUCCAUAUGGUAGCAUACUUGUGUGACACAGGUACCUCUAUUUCAAGAUUUUAUUAUAUAAUGUCUAUCAAAAAUAUAAAUUAAUAUGAUAGUGUUCUUACAGUAUAAUACAUUUUCUAAUAACUUUUUAAGAAAAUGAAUCAUAUUAUUUUAAGGGCUUGUUAUACACUGUACAACAAUUUUUUAAAAUGCAGUUAUCACGUCACAUGACCUUUAUAAAUUUUGUGGGACUUGGAUUGGUUUUUAGGGUUGCUUGUAAUUGAGUUUAUGAACAAAAAAGCCUUUACACUCAUUUUGGAGUACUUUCUUAAAGAAAUUCUGUGGAAAAUUUUAAUGUCUAUAUUUGAGGUCUAGUGAAUGUUAUAUGUUUUUAUCUGUUAAAUUUCAUUCCUAAUAAAUAUUUUCUUAGCAAAGCA